AUGCACUCGUGUCUCCUCCCUCCCUUCUCGUACAGGUAUCUCUGGUCAGCCCGUUCUCCCCGCCGGUGCCGACGCUCUCUCUGACCCGUCCUGCGGCAUCAUGUCCCAGCUGAUGACAGCUGCAGCCGUGGCCAGCUCAGCCACAGCGCCUCCCACCAUCGUCGGGCCGGCUGCCAUCCACAUGGAUCAGUCGCAGGCGCAGCAACAGCACUUACAACAGCAGCAGCAGCAGCCUCAUCAGCAACAGCAGCUGCUGCAAGAGUCUCAGUUCCAACAGCAGCUGUUUGAGGCGGACGACAUUCUGCAGCAGGAGCGGUUGUCGAUCGAAGCGGUGGAGAGAGGGAGGAAAAGCCAGAUCAUGCUGGAGAAUAUGCACGGGUCGGCCCGGACGGACCCGCGGAGCAAUGACAUCAUCAGCGCGAGGGCUCUCAAACGGUGGCAGAAGCAGAAGGAGAUUGAGGCAGCCAAACUGGGAGCCCAGCUCAAUGCCCAGAACUCUGGCGGUCUGUCGCGGGGUCUGGUUGUCAGCCCGGACUUCAAGCACGCCGUCUCCAACAACGUUCCCUUGGCUGGCCAGCAGACGUUCACGCACACCAUACGCGUGUCAAGGCCCAUGGCGGGGGGGAAGGACGCCACAGUCAAGGUGGAAAUCCCCGACAUGGAACUUCAGGCAGAAGGUAUUCCGGAGACUGUUCUGGACGGCCGGACGUCCAUCACGGACGCCUUCAUGACGGAAUUGUUCGUCCGCGACCCGGAGACGGGAAUCACGUACCGGCAGACUCAGCUGCUACAGGACGACCCGCCCAACCCAGGGAUCCUGGAGGAGAUGGAGGGCGUGGCCCCCACACACAACAUGGUGCUUGACACCACGCUGGACGCACAGUUUGAGGACGGCACUUUGCAUUUUCAAGAUCUGGAGUGAAUCUCAAAUCCAGUUUGGGGAGAAAGAGGGAGAGGGUGGGGGGGUGGUUGUUUAUUGCUAGUGGGUGGGUGGGUGGUCCUGCUUCCUUUAUUUUCUCGCUUUUUGUUUGUGUCUAUCUUACUUUUUUCACCCCCAGCAGUAUAUGAUGGGUAUGAUGUCAGUGUGCUGAUUUUUACUAACUCUCUAAAGUGUGGGAAUCCAGCGACAUGUUAUCUAAAUAUUGCCAUAAGGUUUUCAUAGCCGUGCACAAGCUCAGUUGUGUACUGGAUUAACUUCUACAAGUCCAUUAUGUAUUGUUAUAAAUAGAUAGCAUUUGUAUAGUGCAAAGUCUCACUCUCAACAGCAAGCCGAAUGUGCUUUAUUCCAUAUUGUCGUUACCCCAGCAGACCUGUUAACAUUCUGAAACAACAAUCUCAACUUCCUUAAAAACAUGAUACAGUGUAAGUUGCCAUUUUACAGGCGCUAAAAUACCAACAUACUGCAGCCUUUUAGGUUACGAAGUAGCAGCCAGCUCUUUAGCGUCGAUAUGACGGCUAGAAUAGAGGGCGGCGGAAGCUUGGGAAAAAAGUUAAUUUGAUGGUCUCAAAUUCUAACCAACAGGUCUAAUCAUUAUCAUUCAUAUUGCCUUACUCUUAUUGUUUCCUCUUAGUGUUGGAAUAUCUCUGUAUUAUAGUCAGUGAUUGUCUCAUAUGAAUAAGAUAGUUUACCUUGCAUCAGAAAGAGGGACACUAACCCCCCCCCCCCCAAAGUAUUCGUAUUUCAUACCACCACGGUCGUAACACACCUUAUGCAGAUGCGAGCGCCGUAAAACCCCAUACCAUGCUAUACUAUGCGGUCAUAACACAAUGUGAGGGCUUAGUACAACGUUGAACGAAUGAAACCAUAGUUGCCUUCGGUAAUAAACAUCGUUUGUGGUCUUGUUAGGACAAGGCAUUCCACAUUGAAAAUCAAACGCCAAGGCAAAUGUGUCAUUAGAGGUUUUGGCCUCUUCCUUCGCCGACCUUUUUCGAGCGUAAAAAUGUCCUGCCUUUCGCUGAUGGAGCUCUUUCUCGGCGUGGGGCUGCUGAGCUUGCUGUUGGAGUAAGGUUACAUUGUUACAGUUUUCAGCAAGUUUCGCUGACACCUGUUGGAUCCGUGCCCGGAUGCUGUCACGCUUGCUGCAUGUUUCAGUCCAAGGAUAUCCAGACGAAAUAUCAAAGUCUGAGUUAAAAGGUCUUCCUUUAGGUCUCAUCUUAGCUCACUGAUACCUGCGGGUGAGUGUUUGUAAACAUACAGUGCAUGGUUGCGAUGCUUAAUUCCUCGGGUAGAUAGAGGCAACGAGUCUUUUGCCUGUAGUAGUGAGACUCGGCCACGGAACGAUGAAAUGUGGUCCCUGAAUAAUUUCUGUUGAUACUCCGACAGCCGGUGCUUGUGGUUCUGGUUCACGUGUUGACCUCUUCCAUCUUUAGGGGGCAUUCCUAUAAUAGACAUCUCUUGUAACACCUCUAAUCUUCGGCACUUUUAUGACCUUAUUGUGUUGCAAGUGCCGUAAAACUCUUACUAAAAAAAACUCGUGUCAGCGGCAGUGUGGAAAAUCUUGAAGCACUCUCUGUACUCACAUAUAGAACAGUGUUACACUGUGGGUAGUAGUGCCGAGUCUGUGGUCGCUUCUUGAUGGACACGCGUACUUUACAAACCGGGCGAUGCCACGGGUCCGCAUACUUCAGAGGAAAAUGGCCAAGUGCUGCUGCGGAGAGUCUGUCGACAGUAGGAUUUGGUUGAGCUCUUGACUUCCUUCGGCGAACUACUUCCAUGUACGGCUUCACGAGAGCAUCAACCACAGCACACCUGAAGUCCUUCACACUGUUCCCACAACUCCUGUCCUGUUCCUCUCUCCUGCAGACUCAUAAAAAGAGAUGGAGACGAAUAAAAAUUGUCCAUAGGACACGCCCACAGUCCAUGUAGUUCCUCGCGAGGGUCUCCACUUAAUGUUGGGUAAACGAUUUACCUUGGGGAACGGGGAAAUGGUCCUUGCCGGUGUAAACAACCGGAUCUAAACAGUAAAAUAAAAGCUUGUAGAAUCACAUUUUAAAUCAAAAUACUGACCACAACUGGAGGAAAAGUUAGACAUCUAGAAAAGAAGUUAAGA